CCCUGCCGCCGACGUUGUAGCCCGUUCACUCCUCUCAUCUGUUAUUAAUUUAGAAAUUAGAAAUAAUGUACAAAUCAUUAUUUCUCUUCUGUUGUUUGUUCUUGGUGAUUAUUGAGGCGCGACCGAAAUGGCAGUUCUUACCCCAGGUGCCUGGCUACGUACCCGUCUAUAUUAGAUCUGGAGACACACCGCUAGAGGAAAUCAACCCAGAACUGGCUGAAGCCUUCCACGCGUUACCAGCUGGCAGGAGCGCUGGUAAACUUAUGGACGCCGCUCCAGAAAUACCAGAUCAAGCUGACCAGGCGCAGCCCGAAUUGGUCUUGGAACCAGAAGACCACUACGAAAAGAAGUUUUUAGAGAAGAAGAAGAAAGCCACCGAAGUAGUUAAACCUAUCGAACGCAGAUAGACGUACUUAAUUCAUUUCUAAAUACUAUUUUGUCAUGCAACAAAGUACACUGUGUUAUUGAUGUAAGAAAAAGUUUAAGAUGAAAAUGAAAUCUCUAUUGAAAGUUAUGAUCACUUGACAACACGUGGUUGAUAUUUAAAAAAUUGAGAAAAAAAUAUAUUUGUUGUUUAACUUUCUUAUGCAGUUACAUAUUUUAACGAAUAAGCCUUAAGUUGUACCUUUCAAAUAGCUCUUUGAAAAGAAUGCUUGCCA